AUGGCGUCCCAGGCUCAUUCCUUUCUCUUGCCAUUAGUGGAAUCUGGAGGAUUCAGUGACUUCACUCUCCUUUGCAAGGACCAUGAGUUCAAGCUUCACCAGGUGAUCGUCUGCCCUCAGUCGCCUGUUAUCACCGCUGCCCUUUGCAGCGGCUUUGAGGAAACAACAUCAAAGCUCAUCUCUGUGAAUGAAUUCGAUGUCCCGACCGUUCAGAACAUGGUCACUUUCCUUUACACCGGAGACUAUGAACUCGCAUCCGAAACCGAGAAAAAGCCUAUUCAGGUCAUUGAGCAAGAUCACGAUGAAGAUAGUCAGGGUGAUCAGACCGAUGGCGAGGAAGACAAAAUGUCAGAAGAUUCUCCCGCGUCAGAGGAGACGGAAGACAAGACUGCCGAAAACAUCCUAUCCCACCUUCGCGUCAACGCCAUCGCCGACUACUACAACAUCGAAAAGUUGGCCACACUUUCGACUUCAAAGAUCGAGACCAUUCUUCACAAUGACUUGAACUUUUUGAUCCUUCCUCAGAUCAUCCAGGAGAUGUCUAUCUCAAACAGAGAUGCGGACCUCCGUUCGCUCAUCGCCUCGGUUACGGCCAAGUACAUCGAGGAACUCACCUCGUCGCAAGUCCUUCGAACUCUCGAUCUUGAACACAAUCUCGCGAUUGAGAUACUUGAGGCCUGUGGUGAAAGGAUCCAAAAGCUCAUGGAAGACUUGGUGGCUGCGAGAGAAUUAGAAAAACUCCAAGCUCGAGUUAAGAAUCUCUCUCUCGUGAAGAUCAGCACCGUCAUCGAGCUGUUGAAGAAAACCCACAGAUGCCGUCAUUGCAGCAAGGAAUUCGGAUGCUAUAUCGAGGAGCCCGCCACCGUUCUUACCGAGGGGUCUUCUUACGUUCUUCGUUGCGGAGGCUGUGGCUGUCGCCAUACAUGA